CGGCAAUGUCUCAUCAGUGAGAUGAUAGAUGUAGACACAGCGUUUGUGUCCCAAAAUUGAUUUUGUUCCCAACUCUUGAAUGCGGUCUUCUGUCAUGUCUUGAAGAUAACACUAGCUCACGAACCCAAAGAAAAAGAAGCGCACUUGAACUUUGAGGAUUCGAAGAAAACCCACCAUGUCCGAGUUCGCAAAGCAACGUAUCCAGGCGAUUGGUAACCAUCUUGCUGCCAAUAAAGCCAUCCCACCCGUUAUCAAGAUGGCUGGGGACUCGAAUGGACCUAGAGUAACUGGCAAAGUGGUUAUCAUCACCGGGGCAAACUCCGUUCUCGGUAUUGGCCGAGCAUCUGCUCACCAGUUUGCCCAGAACGGGGCAAAGGCAGUCUACAUCUGCGACUACGAUGAUUCCAAUCUCGAAGAGCACAAGCGCGAGAUCGAAACACUAUAUUCCAGCGCGAAUGUACACACGCGACAGUUUGAUGCCGCCGAUGAAAAAGCCAUCAGCGAGGUUGUCAAGGAUGCUCUGGACCGGUACGGACGGCUCGAUGUCUUCUUUGCCAAUGCCGGAAUUCUUGGCCCUCAUACCAAGUUCUCCGACGUUGAAGCUGAUGAGUUUAUGGAGACGAUGCGGGUCAACGCGCUCGGCCCCUUUCUUGCCGCCAAAUACGCGGCGCCGGCCAUGCAAAAAACAUCAGCGGAGAAGCAAAAGUCCUCCGGCAGCAUUAUCAUGACAGCUUCGGUAGCCGGUUUGCGGUCCAACGCCGGUGGGACACCAUACUCUGCUUCAAAGGCAGCCGUCGUCAGCAUGGCACAAACCAUUGCCUACCAACUGGUCGGGACCAACAUCCGGGUCAACGCUCUCUGCCCCGGCCUGAUCGAGACGGCUAUGACGGCGCCCGUAUUCGACAGCGCACGAGCUCGGGGUACCGAAGGUAAGAUUGGACAGCUCAACCCUCUCAGGAGGGGUGGACACGCUGACGAGAUUGCGCGUGUGGCCUUGUUCCUGGGAAGUGAUGAGAGUAGCUAUGUCAACGCGCAAGCAUGGGCGGUGGAUGGUGGUCUAAGUUCUGGCCAUCCUUAUGUGCCCGGCAAGAUUGCGUAGACCACUGGGACAGUAUCAUAACUAGAGUCAGUGUGACCUUGACCGAGAAGGAAUCACAUACUUUUGCAGUAUUUGGCAUCCCUUGCUUGGGCAAACAGUGUGAUGAUGUGUUUUCGAC